AUGCCUUACACACCGUCUGGCUUUUUCUGCGACCGGCUGAUCCGGGAACGAGAGCGGAGGGACGGGGAAGGGUCCCUGAACAAGCCGCUCCGCUUCAACAGCCAGGACUACAGCGCCCUGAGGCAGGAGUGCAUCCAGAGGAAGACCCCCUUCGAGGAUGAGUCCUUCCCGGCCACCGUGGAGUCCCUGGGCUUCAAAGAGCUCGGACACAAGUCCAACAAGGUCAAGAACAUCGUCUGGAAGAGGCCCAAGGAAAUCUGCGAGAACCCUCAGUUCAUCGUCGGAGGCGCCAGCAGGACGGACAUCUGCCAGGGAGAUCUGGGUGACUGCUGGUUGCUGGCGGCCAUCGCUUGUCUCACCCUGAACGAGAAGCUUCUGUACCGUGUUGUUCCCGCGGAGCAGAGCUUCUCUGAGGGCUACUCCGGCAUCUUCCACUUCCAGUUCUGGCGCUAUGGCGACUGGGUCGAUGUCGUCAUUGACGACCGCAUCCCGACCUUCAACAACCAGCUGGUCUUCACUAAGUCGGCCGAGAGGAACGAGUUCUGGAGCGCGCUGCUGGAGAAGGCCUACGCCAAACUCCACGGCUCCUACGAGGCCCUGAAGGGAGGAAACACCACCGAGGCCAUGGAGGACUUCACCGGGGGGGUCACGGAGUUCUACGAGAUGAAGGAGGCUCCUAAAGAGCUCUACAAGAUCAUGAAGAAAGCUCUGGAGAGAGGCUCCCUGAUGGGCUGCUCCAUCGAUUCCCUGGUUCCUGCUCGCUUCGAGACUCGGACUGUGACGGGACUGGUGAAGGGUCACGCCUACUCUGUGACGGCGGUGGAGGAGUGUAAAUCGUCUCAGCACAAGGACGCUAAAGUCCGUCUGGUGCGUCUCAGGAACCCGUGGGGACAAGUGGAGUGGAACGGCCCCUGGAGCGACAACUCUAAGGAGUGGGCCUCACUGUCCAAGACUGAGAAGGAAAAGCUGCAGCACCAGAGCGCCGAGGACGGAGAGUUCUGGAUGUCAUUCGAGGAUUUCAAGAAGAACUACACCAAGAUUGAGAUCUGCAACCUCACCCCCGACGCCCUGGAGGACGAUAAGAUCCACAAGUGGACGGUUUCUGUGAACGAGGGCCGCUGGGUGAGAGGCUGCUCCGCCGGAGGCUGCAGGAACUAUCCAGACACUUUCUGGACCAACCCUCAGUACCGCCUGCGUCUGCUGGAGGAGGACGACGACCCCGAGGACAACGAGGUGGGCUGCACCUUCGUGGUGGCUCUGAUGCAGAAGAACAGGCGGAAAGAGCGCAAGAUGGGCGCCAACCUCUUCACCAUCGGAUUCGCCAUUUAUGAGGUGCCAAAGGAGAUGCAUGGCAACAAGCAGCACAUGCAGAAGGACUUCUUCCUCUUCAACUCCUCCAAGGCUCGCUGCAAGUCCUACAUCAACCUGCGCGAGGUGACCCAGCGCUUCCGCCUGAGCCCGGGCGAGUACGUCAUCGUGCCCUCCACCUACGAGCCGCACCAGGAGGGCGAGUUCAUCCUGCGCGUCUUCUCCGAGAAGAAGAACACCUCAGAGGAGAUAGAGAACAGGAUCGAGGCUGACCAUCCAGUGGUGAGUCUGAAAAAACAACACUACAGAUUUUGCUGUGUAAGUCAAAAAGGUUCAUUAUUAUUCCCGAUCACACCAAAUGAGAUUUUCACGGAUCUCCACAUGUUCUUCCCUUCACGUCUGGUUUCUCUCUCUCUGCUCUGUGGCUCCACGACGCCUCAGCCGGCACCGGCCUCGGCGGGGGAGGAGAGCGAGGAGGACCAGCAGUUCCGGACUAUUUUUCAGGAGAUAGCUGGAGAUGACAUGGAAAUAACAGCCAACGAACUGAAAAACGUUCUCAACAAAGUGAUCACCAAACAUAAGGACCUGAACACGGAGGGCUUCAGCCUGGAGAGCUGCAGGAGCAUGAUUGCUCUGAUGGACAUGGACGGGACCGGUCGACUCAACCUGCAGGAGUUCAGACAUCUGUGGAAUAAGAUCAAACAGUGGCAGGGAAUCUUUAAACAUUACAACGCGGAUCAGACCGGCAGCAUCAACAGCUACGAGAUGAGGAACGCCGUCAACGACGCAGGCUUCCGUCUCAACAACCAGCUGUACGACAUCAUCACCAUGCGCUACGCCAACGAGAGCAUGAACAUCGACUUCGACAGCUUCAUCAGCUGCCUGGUGCGGCUCGAGGCCAUGUUCAGAGCGUUUCAGGCCUUUGACCAGGACGGAGAUGGAACCAUCAGACUCAGUGUGCUGGAGUGGCUCCAGUUGACCAUGUACGCCUAGAAAGGCCGCUCCUCUCCCAGGUGAGCUCCACUCCACACGAGGACCAGACCUGCCUUUACCUCAACAUUCAGUGUUCCCCCGACGGCCGU